AUGGACAAGAAUCUAUCUCCACGCCGAAGUCAGGCCAAGUCUAGCGGCGAAAUUUAUAUUCGUCGCGACAACAACGUUGACAGCUACAGCGCUAGGUCGGUCGAAAGUGGGGGUACCAUAUGCGUUGGAGAUAUCAUUGCCAAAGGCUUUGCAGAUCUCGAGGCAUCCAUCGCAAAAAUCAAUGCUUACACUAAACUUUACUGUAGAAUUUUAGAAGUGAGCUCUGUUGAAUCGGUCGAUAAUUGGAUUGGAGACAUUGUCGCAAAGUUCGGCGACCAAAACGGUGCCGCAAACGUAACUAGUGUACCCCAAGCCAUCGGAGAUUGGAGCCAUAUUCUAAAGAUCAAUUUUGAUGUUAUGAAGGAUUUACCCGCGGGUAAUCGUGCUAUUGUCAACCUGGCUAGUAUGCCUUCCCUACAGCACAAUCCGGACGCCUACGCAUAUCAUACAUCCAAAGCGGCUUGUGCACACUUCACGACAAGUGUUGCCAAGAAUACCAAUCGACUUGGUAUAGGGAUCAACUGUUUCUCACCUGUUCAUAUGGAUCCUGAAGAUGUAGGGCGGGUGAUUGUAUGGCUUUUAUUGGAAGAGUCAAUGCCAGUGUACGGGUCAAAUAUGAAGGUCGGGGCUGGACUUCCCUGGUUCGUGUCGUCUUAA